AUGGAAGGUAUCCAAGCUGUUUUUAAUUACUUGAAAAGGGAACCUGUAAUGUUUAAUGCAUUACACGAAUUUGUAAAGGAAACUAUUCAAUUUGAGCGAUCGCUCAUAAACCUCUUGGACACAGUUCAAACGAAAUUGGACGAAAUGAAAGAGCUUAGUGCUCAAGAAGAAAUGGAAGAGGAUGCGGUAUCUCAGGAGCCGACAUUUGAUGAAAAUGAAGCAGAGUCGGCCCCUCUGCCGGAAAAUGAUAAUGAGACCGAGAAUUGGUCAUACGAAGCAGAGUGGGCCCCUCUGCCAGAAGAAGACAAUGAAAACGAAGAGCCUGAGGUACACGCGGCAUCAAUGGAGACGAGUGGAAUUGAGGAACGGAUUGAAUCGGUCCGUGAACUCGUCCUGAGAACAAGGACGAUCAAAAUCCCGGUCCUCGCCACUCAGCAUGUAUUGGCUGCGGCACCACCGGAACAAUACCGUCCCGCUGACCUAGGGGACUUACCGGAACAGCUCCGAAGGGAGUUGCAAGUGCCGCAGGCAGUGCCAUACACGGUGCAUCAAGAAGGCGAAAUCAAUCGCAUCGUGUGCGGUAUCUGCAAUAGGCAGUUCGACACGUUAAAAGGGUGGCGUAUCCAUGCUUCGAGGAUACACAAGCAGGACGGUUUUUGCGCCCGGUGUGGCCAUAAUCUUCUGCUGCCACCCGAAUAUACGGCCGCACAGCGAAAAGCUGCCGUAGAACUUCAUGCCCUCGAUUGGUGCCCGAGGGCAUGUGCGGCCGUAAUGAGCGAAAGGCAGGUAAAGCGCCGUAGACUAGAUCUUGUGGGGAGACAAGAGGAUACGCAUCACCUCUUCGUUCCAGGCCAAUGA